ACUUCGCUUCUAUAAAAAAAUAACAUUAAAAAAUUGUCGAGCGAAAUUCCUCCACGUAAUGCAGGCGUGCUUUAAUUAGGAUUUUAAACUAAAUUCAUUGAAUAAUCAUUGCUAAACAGUGAUGUCGGUUUAAAGAGGAAAUUUUCUUGUCACCCCGUAGUAUUAAUUGUUAAGGAAACAAUUUAAACGAUCAGGAUGAAGGCCUUAGGUCUGCUUCUGAUAGCGGCUUUGGGGCUAAACGGGAGUUUGGGGGUCGAUAGGAACAAUUUUAAAACCUGCGAUCAGUCUGGAUUUUGCAAGCGUUUGCGAGGAUUAAAGCCAGAGAAAUCUCAGUACGCUUUGAAUGUGGACAGUGUUUUCGUCCACGGUAACGUUCUCUCUGCGGAAGUGGUCACUGUUGACUAUGAAGGAGAGACAAAAAAUGUCUUAUGGCGAUACGCUCUGAGGCUAUCAGCUCUUGCGGACAGCAGCUUCCGCGUGGAAAUGGAUGAGGCUGAUCCCCUCUACCCUCGUUACAGGACGCAGAUCGCCCUUGAGGGCGAACCUAAGGCAGAUGGAAUAAAACUAGUCUCAAACGAGAACGGCAAACUCACCCUUGCAAACAACCAGGGUCAUAGAGUGGUGAUAACUACAGAACCCUUGAAGAUAGAGUUUGUUGACCAUUCGGGUGAAGUCUCCGUAGUACUUAAUGAAAACUCACAGUUAUUGGUUGAACCGCUCAGAGCGCGGAGGGAGAGGAGAGAUGACGAUGACGAGCAGGGCAACGCUGUGGAGGUGGAAGAGGAAGGCACGUGGGGUGAAAAUUUCAAAGGACACCAUGACAGCAAACCUCGUGGUAACGAGGCCGUGUCCCUCGACGUUUCCUUCCCCGGCGCCAACCAUGUCUAUGGUAUACCAGAGCACACAGACAACUUCUUCCUCAAAACGACAACAUCCAGUGAGCCAUACCGUCUAUACAACCUCGACGUGUUUGAAUACGAACUCGAUAGCCCUAUGGCUAUCUACGGCGCCGUUCCCGUACUUUAUUCCCAUAGUGCAAAACGCUCAGCAGGGGUGUUUUGGCAUAACUCGGCAGAAACUUGGGUGGAUAUCGUAAACUAUAGCGAAGGAAACGUGGUCUCUUCCUUGGUCAACUUUGUCACCGGCGGACAAAAGCAACGGGUUGAUGCGAGGUUCAUGAGUGAAUCCGGUAUCGUGGACAUAUUCGUUCUGAUGGGUGACAGGCCGGCUGACGUGUUCCGACAAUAUACCGCGCUUACCGGAGUUGCACCCAUCCCGCCCAAAUUCUCUCUGGCAUACCACCAAUCUCGCUGGAACUACAACGAUGAAAAUGACUUAAGAAGCGUCGACGAAGGUUUCGAUGAACACGACAUUCCUGCUGACACACUGUGGCUUGAUAUCGAAUACACGGACAAAAAGAAAUAUUUCACAUGGGACGUGGAAAAAUUCAGACACCCCGCCGAGAUGGUUGCGAACUUGACUGCCAAAGGUCGCAAGCUAGUGGUAAUCAUAGACCCGCACAUAAAGCGAGAGGCGGGCUACUUCGUACACGAAGACUGCACUGAGAGAGGGUACUAUGUGAAGAACAAGGACGGCAACGAUUAUGAGGGGUGGUGUUGGCCGGGGUCGUCGUCGUACCCGGACUUCUUCAACCCGGAAGUGACAAAGUACUACGUGGAGCGGUACAAGUUCGAGAACUUCCCCGGAACUAGCAAGGACGUUCACAUUUGGAACGACAUGAACGAGCCUAGUGUUUUCAACGGUCCAGAGAUAACAAUGCCAAAGGAUUGUCGACACUGGAAGCCCCCUCAAGACGGACAAGACGGCCUCGCCGCAUACUGGGAACACAGACACGUUCACAACGAGUACGGGCAGUGGUACAUCCAAGCGACGCAUCAAGGCAUGCUGGCGCGCACAGACGGCAAAUACCGACCCUUCAUACUCACACGGUCCACCUUUGCCGGCACUCAACGUUACGCGGCAGUAUGGACGGGAGACAACGCGGCCGAGUGGGGUUUCCUGCAAGCGUCAGUACCGAUGUGUAUUUCCCUCGCGGCCGCCGGCAUCAGUUUCUGUGGCUCGGACGUCGGCGGCUUCUUCAAGUACCCUGAGGCUGAGCUCAUGACUCGGUGGUAUCAGGCGGGCGCGUACCAAGCGUUCUUCCGAGCGCACUCGCACAUCGAGACCAAGCGCCGGGAGCCCUGGCUGUACGACGCCACCACCACUUCCAGGAUACGAGACGCCGUGCGACGCAGAUACGCGCUGCUUGACUUCUGGUACACCCUAUUCUACGAGCACAUGGUCGAUGGGUUACCGGUGACGCGGCCACUGUUCCAGGAGUUCCCCAAGGAAGAGGCCACUUUCACCAUUGACAACCAGUAUUUAUUGGGCGACAAGCUGCUCAUCAGACCAGUGUUGGAGCAAGGAGUGUCGAGUGUGAAGGUGUACCUGCCGGGCAAGGAGGCCAGUACCCUGUGGUACGACGUGGACUCGUACCAAGCAGUCGCGGCCAACGGGUGGAUGAAUCUGGACGUUACUAUCACCAAGAUCCCAGUGUACCAACGCGGCGGUACGAUCGUGCCGCGCAAGGAGAGAAUUCGACGCGCGUCGUCUUUGAUGGCCAACGACCCAUACACCCUCGUCGUCGCUUUGGACUCCAAUAACACCGCUCACGGCACAAUAUACAUCGACGAUGGAGAAACUUUCGACUACAGGACCAAUAAGUACAUCUACGCGAGCUUCCACUAUGAGCCGGCCGGUAUGACUUACAAAAUCACACCACCAAAAUCCGACGCGGCGGCGUGGGGCCACGAUGGCGGUUUGUACGAGUUCAAAAACGUAGACGCAAACUACCCAACCCGUUCCUGGGUAGAGCGCAUCGUCAUAGCUGGCAUCAAAAACGCCCCUAAAGCCGCCAGACUAGUCCAAGGGGGCAAAACCACCCCCCUCCAAAUGACCCUGCAUAGGGGUAACGAUGUUUUAGUGAUACGCAAGCCCGGAGCUUCUAUGGCCAAACCAUGGGAAAUACAGUUUACUUAUUAAAUAAAUAUUUCAUAGUCUAGGAGUCCAUGAACCUUUCUUUUGUUUUGGUUGUUGUAUAUGGUAUUAAAGAGACCCCAAAACCCGCCACUGGUCCAAAGGGGCAAAACUACCCCCCUCCAAAUGACCCUACAUAGGGGUAACGUUAUUUUAGUGGUAUGUAAGCCCAGAGCUCCUAUGGCCAAACCUUUGGAAUACAGUUUACAUAUUAAAUAAAUAUUUCAUAGACUAGGAGUCCAUGAACUGACGAUUGCUGUGUGUAGUAUUAGAGAUCCCAAAAGCCGCAAGAGUAGCCAAGGGGUCAAAACCACUCCCCAUCAAAUGACUUUACAUAGGUGUAACGAUGUUUUAGUGGUAUGCAAGCCCGGAGCUUCUAUGGCCAAACCAUGGGAAAUACAGUUUACAUAUUAAAUAAAUAUUUCAUAGUCUAGGAGUCCAUGAACCUUUCUUUUGUUUUGGUUGUUGUAUAUGGUAUUAAAGAGACCCCAAAACCCGCCACUGGUCCAAAGGGGCAAAACUACCCCCCUCCAAAUGACCCUACAUAGGGGUAACGUUAUUUUAGUGGGAUGUAAGCCUGGAGCUUCUAUGGCCAGACCUUUGGAAAUGCAGUUUACAUAUUAAAUAAAUAUUUCAUAGUCUAGGAGUCCAUGAACUUAUGAUUGCUGUGUAUUGUAUUAGAGAUCCCAAAAGCCGCAAGAGUAGCCAAGGGGUCAUAACCACCCCCCUUCAAAUGAUCCUACAUACGAGUACACUAAGCCAGAGCUUCUAUGGUCAAACCAUAAAACCCAUA